AUGUCUAACAUUUAUUUCAUUAUCGUCAAAGGUUGUGGUUGUGGAUCGGCGAAUUGUGUGGGCAACAUUCUUCUGCUGAGACCUGCGGCUGUUGCUGAGGAAGAGGAAGGGCUAGUUGCUUUGAUCUUGACCUCAAUACACUUGAGAAGGAAGAAAGCAGCUAUCAGAGGCGGGCUUUUUCGUAAUCUUUGUUUGCUUCAUUUAGCGGGAUUCCACGUUAUGUUUGAGUAUCGUCCACAACAGUUCAACAGAACUGUACUGUUGUUUGGAUGGUCUGCUGACUGCAGGAAAGGUUGUAUAAAGCAGGGUGGAACGAAUCGAAUGGUUGCGAUCGCUUUGAUUGAUAACAGCGCACUUGUCGCCGAUGCAAUUAUCGUUACCACUGCAAUGUAA